CCCUAAGGCUAAACUAAACUUCCCAAACAAAUCAGCUGUUAUUUUUUUUAAAAUUCAUAGUAUUCUUCAGAGUUGGAAUAAUAGGAAAAUGACGUGCAUCACAUUUUUACACUCACUGUUUAUAUUAUGUUUGAUAUUUUGUAGUGUUUGAGAAAAUAAGGCAAUGAAUUGGAAUUUUGGCUGCUUUGUCAUCAGUUUUCGCAAUGAAAACAAACAAAACUGUCGAAUACAAAACUAGAAGUAGCUGUGAAACACAAAUGUUUAUGUAAAACUUGAAUCCAAUUUAUUACAUGAAUGUGAUUUACAGUGAUGCUGUAAAUAGCUGAGAAACCUUAAAAGUUAAUUACACAUUCUCUACUAUUUAUUCUUUUUGAAUAACUAUGGCUGAAAUUACUGAAUAUACAGUUUAUAACAGUUUACAUGCUGCUGCUGAAAGUUUAACCCAGCAUGAAAUACAGACUAACUGUAGAUAUGCAGUGUAUAGAAGUACAAAGGAUUUUGGGAAUGCAGGUCUGGAUACUGCUAAGAAAGUGUAUUGGGAAGACCAGCCCAGUGUUAAAAUUUGUCGCCAGAAUUUUUCAGGAAUUCCAUUUGUAGUUCUUGGUCAGAAGGUAUAUGACUGUCAAUUUGGGAAGAAUAGAAAAGAGAAACGACGUAGGAUGCGGGAUGAGAAAAGAAAUAGGAAUGAAGACCGUACUCUGUAUACUAAAGGGAAGAUGUGUCUAGACACAAAGAAAAUUGACUGUCCAGCAAAGUGUGUCUUUAGAGAAAUUUGUCGAUUUCCUUCAUAUAGGAUACAGAAUAACACUUUGCCUGAAAGACGCAGGAUUGCAGAAUAUUUGAUGAAGCAAAUUUGUUCUGGGCAAAAGGUGGAGUUUGAACGGGAAAUUGUUACCAAAAUUGCCACGCUUAAAGAACACACUUGUCAUCAAAUAUUAGGAGAGAUAGUACCGGAGCCAAUUGACCCGCGACUAGCAAGAAAAAUUGUAGAGCUGUGUAAUAGUGGAGUGAACAGUCUCAAUGAGAUGAGAAGUAUUCUUAAAGGUUAUGUUAGGAAUAUUUGUAGUCCUCUUCCACUCCCUAGUAACAGGCGGUUUUAUCCUACAAACAAGUGCAUAUCAAACCAUAUGUUUCGGGCAAUGAAGAAAGAGAGGAAAGAAGAUCAACAAAUCUUUGAAGACCUAGCUCAUACACAUCCAAGUGUGAGGAUCAAAGGAACAGAGACAAACUACAUCCCUGUCCAGUGUUUUGACCCGCUUUGUGCUGACAAGUCUCCCCACAUGCACUGUCCUUUCUGUGUGAAAACAGAAUCAUAUGUAGAUCCUGUAAUCUUAAAGGCUCACUAUAGAGUGAAACAUGUUGACAAAGGCAUAGAGUUUGCAGGGUUAAAAGUUUUACGCUGUUGUGAUAGAUGUGACAUUGUUGGUGUUAUCAAGGGAGAGAAAAAAUUCAAGGGAGCUCACUGGCAUUGUUACAAAUGCCGGAAUGGAUUUAACAGGAGAGAUGAGGCUAUCAAACAUUAUAAGACACAUUUUAGAAAUCCACAAACAACAUUUCAGAUUCAAAUUGCACAGGAUAUAAACCAACCAGUGACACAAGCAUUUGAAACAGAAGAGGCAGCUUCUUGUAUUCCUACAGACAGUUUCUCUGUACAUGCUAGUCUUACAGAGGCCAUCCCAACUCAGACUAGUGGUAUGUCUAUUUUGCCUAGAGGUUUAGAGGGAAUGGUUACAAUGCCAGGGGUGGGAGCUGUAGAGACUGUCGGUGUUGCUGAGACCCAAACUAUCAUGAUAAUACAGGAUGAUGGACAGGGAAAUAUCUCAACAAUGCAAGAGUUGUGCACAACACAGGACUCUGACCCUGAUCUCACUGUGUCAGAUAAUAUAGAAGACACAAAUGAAGAUACUGUACAACAGCUGAGAGAGAAAAUAGCACAGUUGGAGAAGGAGAAAGCUGAACAAACAGCUCAUAUAGCUCUACUUAGUAAAAAAAUUGAGGAGCAGGCUGAGCAAAUAGCAGCAUAUAAAUUAAGAGAGCAAGGUUUAUUAGAGCAAAUGCAGCAGUUACAACAAGGCAUUGCUGUACCACAAGACACGAUGAUACAAGAUCUUUGUAACCAACUGGAAACACAACAUAAACAGCUCAUACGUCAACAAAUUACACAACUUAAACAUUCCCUUGUUCAAACCUCAGUCCAUCCAAAAAUGCUUGUUUUAAAUGCAAGUUCUUUAGGUGCACAGUUAGGUCAGACAGUUAAUUUACAGACAUUUCAGGCAAGUGGCGAUAACCCUUCACAAGUUUCAGUGGCGUUAGAUUUUAACUCUCCUGCUGAUGAAAAUGAUGUUAAUUCAGGGGAAAUACAGACUGAUCUAAGUGUUUUAAAUGCAAAUUCUUCUUCUGAAAAUACGAAAGAGACAGGUGAAAUGGCAAGUGUUAAAAAUGAAAAUUUGAUGAAAGACUCGGAAUAUCCAGAGAUUUUAGUUCAUAGUUUACAGGAUGAUCUGUCUGAUGGCAAUCCUAUUGUUGAAAAUGAUGGCAGUAUUUGUGCUGAACCUCGCAUGAAGAGAAGAAAAGAGAAAUAAUUUUCCUAGUUAGAAAGUUAUUUUAUAGUUGAUCAAUGUUUGGAAUGAUUGCAUAAAAGAUAUGUUGAAAUUAUUACAAAAUACUGA